AUGUCCCAAGAGAUCAUGGAGGUCCGUGUGUGCGCGGGCAGCGCCAUGCGCUCGCAGGCGCCAUCGGUCCGCAGAGCGCAGAGCACAGGGCACGCGAGCUGGCCAGGUCAUGGUGUCCGGGCGCCCGCCUUCAGGCCGCCCGGCGGCAGGCUGCUGCGUUCCGAGCCCGAGUCGCUCGGACUGCGCCGCCCCUUCUCGGACGUGACGGCGGGCACGGGCUGGGGCGUUCGGUCAGUCGCGCGCGGGGCGGGAGCGGGAGGCAGAUGCACGCUGACUUACCUGCAUGAGGACGGUGGCGUCCGAGAACGACGACGCCUGGGAGUCUGCGCGCCGGGGUUCUCGGCGGCGCCCGCCCCUUCUUCGGCCGCCGGACGUGCGCGCACGGGCGCGCUCCGCGCGUUCUCUGCGGCGGCGGCGCUGGCGGAUGUUCACGUAACACACGGUCGCGAGCACGCUGAGGGGAAUUUGCAAUUAUUGGCUGUGGGACCACCCACCGAGAAUCACCACGACGGCAGCGACCCAUGCGGAGCUCUGGGGCGCGUCGGACACGCCAUCGUCCGGGUAGCUGUCGCUGCAGGGAUACAUGUGGAGCGGAGCGGCGGCCGCGAGGGUGGCGUGGAACGCCACAAUGGCUGCGGAGAAGGCGAGUAUUGGCAUCGCCGAGGUCGUGCGGAUACCGUGAGGGCGAGGACGCAACGCACUAGGGGAGCAGAAGGAGGCUGCAGCGAGCACAAGCGGCGAGGGCGAGAAGAGCAUUAUAAGAUAUGGAGGUGUGCCAAGGAUGGGGGCCAGCGCCCCGGAGCGAGCUUGGCAGGCCAAGAGAGUUGCCUGCUCUCAGCUCAGAGUCUCCCGUCAGACGGCUGUCAGACGGGUCCCACUGCGCACACAAAGUCAAACGGAUGCUUUUACUGCACACUUGCGGACAUUGCCUCGCCGCCGCUUGUACGGGACAGACGGCGGGGGCUGGACACGGCAGUCGGGCCAUAG